AACACCAGUUCAAUCAAUUGUCCAAACUUACAAUGGUCAGUAAAUGUGUUUCAACCUAAAUCGCUGAACACUACUAUAGGUUGUAUUUACAAUGUUUCACUUGAUAUAGAAGAAUCAGAUUAACAGGACAUUAGAUAGAGAAACAACAGGGACAUGCAGACCAAUAUCAAGUUUGUUUUGCCAUGUUUGUUCGUUGGACCAUUUACUUAUAUAGUAUAUAUGAAUUUCAUUCCAUCCAGUGGGGAUGGUAACACUAAAUGGAACCUAUUUCAAUAUAACAAACAAGACUCAUCCCAAAGACAGUUGAAACACAUAAAGAAGAACAAAGCCAACGGAGAUCUAACAUCCAAAGGAGACGUUGAUUGCAUAAGAGCUAUUGAAAAAUUCAGAAAUAGAGAUGAUACUUUUUUCAUUCCACCCGACGUUGAGUUAGCAGCACUACCCAACAAUGUUAGUGAUUGUCUUUAUCAAAGAAUAAUUACAACAAGACAAUAUUUUUGUGCCAAUCGAAGUCGCCAUGGAUCCGUAAAGGACGGGUGGAAUAUCUGUAUGGAUGGAUGUUAUAAACCAAACAACAAGACAGUUAUAUAUGUACUGAGCAUAGUGAAUGAUUACGAGAAUUUGCAAAGUAUAGAUCUGCAUUAUAAGAUUAAUGUUAUCAGACACAAACCAAGAAUGAAUGGAACAGAUAUAUAUGUAAAUCAAAAGAAUAAAAGUAACCAUGGAGGUCAGUCUAUAAAACUUGGAACAUGGAGCGAUGCAGUGAAACACGGAUUGAAUGACCAGAACAUACUCGUUAUUGAUGUUGAAUCACUUACUGAAAGUGUAGUUGAUCACAUUAUGAUGAGUGGAGUACUAAAUGUAAUACACCAGUUCUCUAUCCGGAUCAGUUACGGAGAUCCAGUAUCCGGAAUUGACUAUUUGACAGCACUUCAACAAUUGAGAAUGAUAUUUGAAGCAGGUUUUAGAAUAUACUGGUCGAGACCUGAAUGGUCGUGUACUAUUGCGAAUAAAAAGGACAGAACAAGUUGCGUUUAUCUAUAUAUGGUUUACCAUAUGUGUAGAGAUAUAUCAAAAAAUAAUAGCAAACAUCAGCAAGUGAGCGAGAAUGGGUACCUAAGUAUCCAAGAGGACAAGAUGUUAAGACAAUUAAACAACGCCAAAUCAGAUCAUCCUACACAUGUGGUACCCGUUGUGUUGUUCAUGUUGUUACAGACCUGGUAAUAUUUCGUAUACGAGAAGAAUUAACACUGUAAAAAUGGACAUAGAGUUCUCAGAAUGGACGUUCCCCCCAAAAUAUCAUCAACACCGCAGCUCUUAGAAAUACCAAACAGUUGUUAGUAGAAUGCUAUGGAUCUCCAGCGUCAGUGGAAAAGUUUUUUAUUUUGUAAUAUAUAUUUUUAUCAUUUUCAUAUCAUUCUCAAAUCUCAUCUACAUUUAAAGAUGUAUAAACAAUAGUUAUGUUAUUUGAAAUCAUAAAUAUAUAUGGUUAAACCUUAUUGUUACUAAACUAUAAAAU